AUGGCAUCCAUCACAACCUCUCUCUUAAUUUUAACCAUCUCAUUGGCUAUUCUCAGCAUUCAGUUUACCAACUGUGCUCCAGUUAAUUCCGACGUGCCGAAUGCAAUUGAAACUGUUAUGAAUGCAGAUCAAAGCGAUUCAUUGAAACACAAUGAACCUGUUGGAAGAGCUCCUUUGACCAAACGAGAUUAUCCAAUGGAAGGGAUCAUGCUAGGUAGACGCGAAUAUCCAAUGGAAGGGAUCAUGCUAGGCAGACGAGAAUAUCCAAUGGAAGGCAUUUUACUUGGAAAACGUGACUAUCCAACUGAAGGUAUUCUUCUCGGUAAACGUGAAUAUCCAAUGGAAGGGAUCAUGUUAGGCAGACGAGAAUAUCCGACGGAAGGCAUUUUACUUGGAAAACGCGAAUACCCGACUGAAGGGAUUCUUCUAGGUAAACGUAAUGUGCGAUUUUCUAAACCCAAGUCAUCUGGAAUGGCUCAUCAUGGUUUCAAUACUUAA